GAGGCUGGGCAGAGCAGGGUGGCAGCGGCUGGGCAGCGCUGACCAUGGCCAGCGGGUACCAGCUCUGGGCACCCUGGUCCCCCCUGGAUGAGUCCCUGCAAUGGCUGCGGGGUGCCGUGCCCAAGCCCAGCAGCACUAAGCACCCCUUUCGGGGAGGGCAGAGUCCAGCCACUGCCACCGACCUGGAAGUGCAGCUUUGCUUCCAGGGACUCAGCCUGGUGCUAGAGCCCAGUGCCAAGACCGGAGCUGGGCACCCGCAACCCCCUGGAGUGGCUGGAGAAACACGAGGAUGCAGCGCGGCUGUGCACAAGCCCCAGGCCGUGCGGCUCACGGGGCUCGACUCAGUCUUUGGGCACCUCGUGACGGUACAGCCUCCGCACUGGACCGGUUCGCUGCGGGUUUCAGAGCGUUCAGCCUUCUGCCAAGUCAUCAGCCCCCAGCAGCGCAGGCCUCACGGGCUCCGCGAACCACAGGUGCGCAUGGCGAUGGCGAUGUGCCGUCAAAUGCUGCGAGCCAUCCUCCUGCUUUACGCUGCCUACAAGAAGUGUGCCUUUGCGUUGCAACAUUCCCGCUAGGACGACCCUGCCUGGGAAAGGGCAGAGCUCAACGGGAUCCUUGCCUGCCCACCCACAGAUUCACCCAUUCUCCUUCAGCAACAUCAGUUCGUUCGCCAGUUCCAUCUACCUGUGCCACACAAGUCUCCUCCUCUCCUCCAUCGCCAAGCUACUUUUUGCCCACCAAGAGGAAACACUCACUUAACAGCUUAAGCCUGCAAGGAAAAGAAUCAGACUGGCACACAAACCUCAGAUUGUUUACAGAGAGAUGAAACUAAUCAUUCAACAUACUAAAGAAAAGGAUCAUAUUUAUCUAUGCUGUGAACCUAUUCCCUUGCAGCGUCUGGCUCAUGAACGGGG